GCGGGACUUUGAUUCAGACAAACACAAACAUAAAGUUGAUUUCCUGUAGCCGCUCGUCGAUCCUCCAACAUGUCCUCUCGGGUCGAGGCGGAUCUACCUCCGGGCCUCGCCUGUCUCAAAAAUGUCGACACCCUGCUUCGGUGUCCUAUAUGCUUUGAUUUCCUCAACAUUUCAAUGAUGACAAAAUGCUCUCACAACUUUUGCUCAUUGUGCAUCAGAAAAUUUCUUUGCUACAAGUUACAGUGUCCGGUUUGCUAUGCACAAGCGACAGAACAAGAUCUAAGUAACAACCGUAUAUUGGACGACCUGGUCGUAAACUUUCAAGCUGCAAGGCAACAGUUGUCAAAAGCCAAUUUUGACUCUCCUCCAAUCUCGCCAAAGACCCCGGCUUCAGCUGUCAAAUGCAAGCCAGCCAGAGAGAGAGGCCAGAAGUCAAACAGCAACGUUCUUAGUCAUUUUUUCCAAAAGAAGCCCAAAACAUUGGCUGCAACAGAAACCCAAGGAGAUGCUUCCACCUCUCUGUGUGUCGAACAGGGGAAAAUGAAGACCACACGCACUCACGCCAACCUACAUUCAGCUUCUGCUCCGAUUCCAGUGUCUGUGAAAGACGAGCCGAUGGACGUGGAGGAGGCGUCUGUCCACGUUCUGGUGUCGGUCAAACAGGAGGACACAUUCUCGCACAGUGUCAGCACCAGGGUUGAGAUGCCACAUUCCUCGUCACCGCCAAACGAUGCAAAGCCCGUAAUUAAAGUGGAGUGCCCUGUUUGUUCUGUCGGCGUGUCCCAGCAGUUUAUCAACAAGCAUCUGGACACGUGUCUUAGCAGUGGAGAGAAGAAGGAAAGCUUGAGGAGCUCUCUUGGCAAUGUGAGGCGUCCAAUGAGCAAGCUGGUCUACAACCUGCUCUCCAUGCAGGAGCUGAAGAGGAGGCUGAAGGAGAGCCACCUCUCCAUGCAGGGCUCUCGAGACCAGCUGAUCAAACGACACAAGGACUUCGUCCACAUAUACAACGCUCAGUGUGAUGCCCUGAACCCCCAAUCAGCUGAAGAUAUUGCCAAAGAGGUGGAGACCAACGAGAAGAUGAGGAACCAACUGAAGGGAAAAACCAAACCUGUCAUGGUUUUCACAAAGAAUCACAGUGAGAAGGAAAUUGAUGACAUGCAUUCAAAUUACAGGAAGCAGCACAGCAGCGACUUUUCCCGCCUCAUUGCCCAGGUGCGGGGUCGCCUAGAAACCACGAGGCCGACUCACAUCAAACAGGAAGUCAUUGCGGUUGAAGAGGAUGAGGAACAGACGCUCUCUCCAGAUCAAGUUGCGGGAUCAAGGAACAGCUUAGUGGUGAAGGCAGAAGACAGAGGCGGUGACGAGGAGCCAUCAGCAAGAGGGAUUGAGUUACCACCCAGCCCCACUCUCAGUGACGUGUCCGUCAGCAGUUCUAUUUCUGACAUCUUUGGCCCGGAGCCUGUCACAAACCAUGAAGCUGCAGGGUGCACCCCAGUCCAGAAGCGAAAGUCCAACUCCAGAGGAGACGAUGCAGCUUCGUUACCCAUUCUGGGAAAACGGCGGCGUAAAAAGUAAAGAGGGAUGAAGGAAGAAGUGGAAGAGAAACCAACGUAAUCGUUAUCACUACAAAUAUUCCUUUGACUGACUGAAUGAUAUCAUCAAAUAUUUUUUUGUUGAUUCCCCAUUUGCAUUUCUUUUUUUGGGGAAUUGCACUGUUCACUUGUAUCAUGGGAUGAAUAAAUAUGCAGUAUUUUAAUA